AGGUCAGAUGACGUAGAAGAACGAUACCUAUUAAAAUAAGUCUUUGUUAAUGAUAAGUUUAAAUUAAUUACUAAGGAGUUGAAUGUUCUCUUUUUGACGAUGGUGAGGAUUUCCGUGUUCUCCGUAUUUCUUCUCUGUAUGUGUCAAGUUCUUACCGAAGGAAAAGUCGUUUGUAGAGAUGGUACUCGAGUUUUCCAGGUUGGACACGGAUUCCGUGAUAACUGUAACACAUGUGUAUGUGGAAAGGACGGUAUGAUCACGUGCUCAGCAGAAAUUUGUCCCGGAACUUGUUAUUUCAAUGGUAAAAUUCACGAAGCCGGUGACAAUUUUCCGGCGGGGGAUGGUUGUAACGGCUGUAAUUGUCAACAGAAUGGAAAAGUAAUAUGUACCCAAACAUCUUGUGAUACAAAACCUCCUAGAAGAUACUAAUGAAAUAGGAAGUUACAAAAUCCAUGUUUAUGUGCGUUUUUGAGUAAAUUAAAUGAAGUGAAAUUGUU